GAUUGUGCCUUUCUCUUUUCCCAGCAAGUCGGCAGCUCCAGCUCCAGCCAGGAUUUGGAUACUGAAAGCAAAGCUAAAAGCUGCAGCUCCCCGUGAAAGGAAGGGAAGCCUGGAGGGCUGGAGGCCCAGAAGCAGCAUCUUUGUCCCCACAUCCCUGAUUUGCAAGGCAGAAGGGCGGCUGUGUGGAAGACCUGGACAGAUAUUUCCUUGGGAAGAUACUGCAGCCUUCCGGCCUCAACUGUGCGAUGGUCAGAGGGGCCGUGAAAAAGGAUCUUUCAGGGAAUCUGUUUCUGCUCCAAGAUGAAUCUGACCGAGCUUUGGGGCGACAGGUGGAAUGUCAGUGUCACAAACGGGACCUCGAUGGGGAUAUUUGACUUGUUCAGUGAUGACACCGCCUUGGUCUCACCGGAUGUUUCAUUUGGCGUAAGAAUAUUCAUCACCACGAUCUACCUGCUGGUGUGCGCGGGGGGCCUCUUGGGAAACAGCCUGGUGAUGUACCUCAUUUGGAUCCAGAAGGACCGGUCCACGGCAGCCAUUAACAUCUUGGUCUUUGGCCUGGCAGUCGCCGACUUCCAGUUCUCCCUGAUGCUGCCUUUCUGGGCCACGGAGAUGGCCUUGGACUUCCAGUGGCCCUUUGGCCAAGCCAUGUGCAAAGCCAUCCCUUCCCUGACUCUUCUCAGCAUCUACGUCAACGUCUUCUUGCUUACGGCCAUGGGGGUCACCCGCUACUGGUCGGUAGUCUCGGCGGUGAAGGAUGGGUUAAGGAUGACGCCGCAAGCGGCCAAGUGCAUCACUGCUGCCCUUUGGGCCGUGGCGGUGGGGCUCACUGUACCGACGGCUGUCUAUGCCGGAGUGGUAAACGUUGCCGGGGUGGAACUCUGCCUCUUCCAAUUCCCCAGCCAGUAUCACUUGGGGAUCUACCAACUCCAGAGAGUGGUGCUUGCCUUUGUAAUCCCCUUGGUGGUCAUCCUGACGUCUUACCUCCUCCUCCUUCGGUUUCUCAGAUUGCACCACAUUACCAGCCACAGCCUAACGCGGCAUAACCAGGUUGCCGCCACCGUCCGCCUCCUCGUCGGCUGCUUCUUCAUCUGCUGGUUCCCUAACCAUGUGGUCACUGUCUGGGGCGUUCUGGUGAAAUUCGAGGCUGUGCCCCACGAUGCCACCUUUCACUAUCUCCACACUUACGUCUUCCCUUUGACCACCUGCUUGGCUCAUGCCAACAGCUGCCUCAACCCCAUCCUCUACUGCCUGAUCCGCCGCGAGUUCCAAGAAGCGAUGAAGGACACCUUCCGCCGGCUGUCCUCCAUCGCCUCCUACCAGAUGUUUUCCUCCCACAGGGCCUGGGAGGAGGGGGAGCUGGUGGUUCUGCCUCUCGGCCCAUCCGAUGCUCCCCACAGUCCUCGAAGCGGAGCAAAGGCGGAUACUGCCUUGUCUACCAUCUUGGAACCGGAAAAAGAGGAUUGUGCAGCUGGUGGACUCUGAGUAGCAUCUUCUGGACCUUGAGGAAGGUGCUUCAGACCCGAGCCAAAUUCCAGGAUCCUAAUGCUGACUGGGGCUUUUUCAAAUCAAAGAUCUGUGCAACUGGGGACGUGCCUCCGCUUUGGCUUCUUAAUGCUGCAAGAGAGUUCCUUGACGAUACCCAGAUGCGUUGCUUGCUCCUCCAGUGAGUCGUUGCUUUCUCUUCUCCCAAACAUCUAAAAUUAAGAGGAACAGAGGUUUCGAACGAAACUUUGAGAGAGUUUUGUGGCUCUGACCCUGUUAGUUCAACAGGCUGAUUCUGUGUAAACCACUUAAAGAGGACUGUAAAGCACUAUGAAGAGGGAUAUAAGCGCUUAUUCUAUUCCAGUUGUGGUGAACCUAUGGCACGCGUGCCAGAGGCGGCACUCAGAGCCCUUUCUGUGGGCACACAUGCCAUCGCCCCAGCCCCGCCUCUCCCAGUGGCCCCCUCCUCACCAGCAGCC